AUGGCCGUCACAACCAAAGCUACCAUCUCCUCCUUUGGAGGGAAGCUACUGAAGCUCUCCCAUAAUGCCACAUCUACGAAGUGUGAGAUGGCAUUUAACCUAUACCUCCCGCCACAGUCAGUUUCAGACUCUGGGUACAAGGCUCCCGUUCUAUUCUUCCUAUCAGGCUUGACUUGCACUCCAGACAACUGCUCUGAAAAAGGAUUUCUUCAACACGCAGCCAGUUUAAAGGGUAUUGCUAUUGUAUAUCCAGAUACCAGCCCACGUGGUUUGGGUAUUGCCGGUGAAGAUGAUGCAUACGACUUUGGGACCGGAGCUGGAUUCUACGUCGAUGCUACCAAAGCUCCGUAUGAUCAGGGAUAUAACAUGUAUACCUAUAUUACGGAGGAACUUCCCAAAGUUAUCUUCACCGAGUUUCCGCAGUUGGACUCCAAUCGAGUCAGUAUUACCGGGCACAGUAUGGGAGGGCAUGGUGCCUUGACUCUUUUCUUGAAAAAUCCUGGGAAGUAUAAAUCAGUCUCAGCUUUUGCGCCAAUUGCAAACCCCGUCAACUGUCCUUGGGGCCAAAAAGCCUUUGAGGGCUACUUUGGCAGCGACAAGGACAAGUGGAAUGAGCACGAUGCCACCGAGCUAGUCAAAAAGUGGAAGGGCCCUCUCACAAUGUUGAUUGACGUGCAGCUAUUGCCAGAGAACUUUCUUGCAGCUGCAAAGGAAGCUGGUGUGGAGUCUGAUAUAUAUUUGCGCUUCCAACCUGAUUAUGAUCAUAGUUACUUCACUAUAGCUACAUUUGCCGAUGACCAUGUGAAUUUCGCAGCUCAGUAUCUAUUUGCUUGA